UCCGGGUAUACUCAGCAACCCUCCGCACUGACAGCAUUAGAAGGAUAAAUCCCUCUCUCUUUAACUAGCAUCCCUGUAGUCUGAUUUUCUCACAAUGCCUUUCUCUGAAUUAUAUUUUAAUGUGGAUAAUGGUUAUCUGGAGGGGCUGGUGAGAGGUUUUAAGGCCGGUAUUUUAUCUCAGGCGGAUUAUUUGAACCUCGUUCAAUGUGAAACAUUGGAAGACCUGAAGCUUCACUUGCAGAGCACUGACUAUGGAAGCUUUCUGGCCAAUGAAGCCUCCCCACUCACCGUCUCCGUCAUUGAUGACAAACUGAAAGAAAAGAUGGUGGUAGAGUUCUGCCAUAUGAGGAACCAGUCUUAUGAGCCUCUGGCCAGCUUCAUGGAUUUCAUCACGUACAGCUACAUGAUUGAUAAUGUCAUUCUGCUGAUCACUGGAACUCUACAUCAGCGGGCCAUCUCAGAGCUGGUACCCAAGUGCCACCCUCUCGGCAGCUUUGAACAAAUGGAGGCGGUGAACAUUGCCCAGACUCCAGCAGAACUCUACAAUGCCAUCCUAGUGGAUACACCACUUGCUGCUUUCUUUCAGGACUGCAUCUCUGAGCAGGAUUUGGAUGAGAUGAACAUUGAAAUAAUAAGGAACACCCUUUACAAGGCUUAUUUGGAGGCCUUCUAUAAAUUCUGCUCCUCAUUGGGUGGAACAACUGCUGAUACUAUGUGCCCAAUUCUGGAGUUUGAGGCAGACAGAAGGGCUUUCAUUAUUACCAUUAACUCCUUUGGUACGGAGCUCUCCAAAGAAGACAGAGCCAAACUUUUCCCUCACUGUGGCAAGCUCUACCCAGAGGGUCUGGCACAACUGGCUCGUGCCGAUGAUUAUGAGCAGGUCAAAGCUGUGGCCGACUACUACCCUGAAUACAAGCUUCUCUUUGAGGGUGCUGGCAGUAACCCAGGAGACAAAACACUUGAGGAUCGCUUUUUCGAGCAUGAGGUGAAGCUUAAUAAGCUGGCCUUCCUGAACCAGUUUCAUUUCAGUGUGUUCUAUGCAUACGUCAAGUUGAAGGAACAAGAGUGCCGGAACAUUGUGUGGAUUGCAGAGUGCAUCGCCCAAAGGCAUCGGGCUAAAAUUGACAACUACAUCCCCAUAUUCUAAUGGUACAUAACAUGACUCUUGAAUAGUGAUCCACAUGGCAUGUGUUAACUGUGCUGUUUGAGGUUUGUAAACAUAAUGUUUCUGUCUCAUACCUUGUCCUUGCACUACACCACUGUUUUCUUUCAUUGUGAUUCUCUUUUUCCGGUAAAGAAUCUUUAAAAUUUUUGUCUGACGAAAUGUUACGUCCGAGUAUAAUGCAGUGCUCCAAGCUACCAAAUCAUAGCAGAUUUACCCCCCCCCCCAUACUUGUUUCAAUGUAGAAAUGCAUCGUUCCUUUGUGAUGUAAUGAAUCACAAUACCCGAGAUGACACCUGACAUCCCAUUGCAAGGGAAAAUAGUCUCAUUCGGUGGUAAAAGCUUGUAAAGGAGAUUUAUGUUUUUAGUCUAAGAUCUUAUUGUGAUAUACUCUUCCAGUGUACGUGUAAGGCUGAGGAAAUAAUAUAUUCAUCAUUAUUUUUGUUGUAUGUGUUUCAUUUAUGUUUUUUUUUUUUUUUUUACAUAUUUCUUUUCAAGUAAUGUACACUUCCAGAUUACAAACUCACUAAUCUCAGUCCUUUUAGAAGGUCCAUUAUCUACAUCUGAUUGUGAGUUAGAGAAUAAUUGAUAAUCUAGACAAUGGGAUUAACCUUUCAAAAGAGGAUAACUGGGGCUUUAUGUGGGGAAAAAAUAUAUUAUUUUGUAUGUAUAGAUUAUUUAUUCUGCUUGUUUGUUAAAAUGAGACUUGUGUGCUUCCCAUUUGUAAAUUAAUGCAAAAAUUUGUGCUGAUUUAAUUUAUGGCGUAAAUUAAAUUUUAUGAUUGAACUUGCUCUAGCUGUCUUGCAAUGUAAAACUGCUUGUACUGUUGUAACAAUAUUGUGUGUUUUAAGGGAUAUCAAUGAAAUAUAAUAUAUAUGUACACACAGUAAUUCUGCACUAUUUUUUUACUGCCUUUAACGUGCUGAUUAACAAAAACCAGUCAUUAUUGCAUGUUGUAAAACUGCACAAUUUACUCUGAAUCUACUCAGAUUGACUAUGGUUGCAUUAGUUUACCACCAGAUGGUGUAACAACCCCAGCCAUCCCUUAUCAAUAUGUGCCGUUGCAGUUUGACUUGCACUUGACUGGUUUUGCAUAAACGUCAGACUUGUUUGUUCCAGCAAGGGCUUUAGAAUUUACAUUCACAUUUUAAUUUUGUCAGGUGUGCAGUUAAACACAUAGAUACUAGCUAAAAUGUAAUUACUGUAUCUUACUCAGAGUUUUUUUUUUUUUUAU